AUGAAAAAGCGCAUGUGGAGCGAGUCUGCUCAGUAUCUCUACAUCCCAGACGAUAUCACUCAGCCCGUCCGCAACACUCCUACACGCAUUUCCGAGGUGCGAAAGCUCAUCGGGUUCACGAGCGACAAUCAGACGCUGUGCAACGAAUACUUAUGGUCAGAAAAUCGGAUUCAUAUGUAUUACAGCCGUCCCGGUGCACCGUCGAAUCGUGAGUUCCUCACGUACAAAGCCACCAUGGACAACAACGGCAACAGCACUCGCCCACACAACAAACGCGCUGCCGAACUCCUCUCUCGCCCUAUUACGCACGGGCCCACCCUCGUUGCGAAGAUAAUCAUGGCGGGCGACGAGUCGCCAACCAGGGAGGAGAGACGCCAAUGA